ACUUAAAAAUUGAUAUUACAAGAUGUUACCAAUGAUAAGAACGUUUAAAGUCUCCAAAAUCUAUACGGAUUAAGGCAUGAUUAAAUCCUAAAUCCUGUGGUCAAAUGAAUAUUGUCGGAAGACGACGAGAAUCCAUUACCCAAAAACAUACAUUUUCGGAUGUAUUUCAUGUGUUAGAUAAGGUCUUAUUAAUCUACAAUAUUUCUGAUACGAUGUUCUGGAUUAACAAUCAGGAAAAAAGACAAGUGGCCAUCAAAAGAAACGUUAAUCGCGAAUAUAUCUACAAAUGCGCGUGUUCAGUCGUUUUUUACAAAAACUGAUAAAUUUCCUUCUAAUAAAUAAGCGGCUCAAACUUCAGGUCCCACAGCGAUUUGGUAACAUCGCAAUUUUAGGAUGAAUUUCAUAUUUGUUCUUUUAGACCUCGUGUGCGCCUUAGCAUAUAGAGCACCAUACGUGGAAGACGUGGAUUACGAACAAACGGCUUACGUACAAGAUAUCUCAUCAUCCGACGAUACUAGGGUACUAAAUGGUAAACCUGCUGCCAGAGACCAAUUCCCUUACCAGGUGUCCUUGCGGUGGGCUAACGUUUCAAGAUCGCCCUCCCACCUCUGCGGCGGUAGUCUCGUUACUCCAUCGAUGGUUCUCACGGCUGCCCAUUGUAUGCUAUUCAACUAUGGUACGUACGAUGUCGUCGCUGGACUCCUGAAUCGGACAGAAAACACGUCAUCCACUCAACGGCGAGAUAUUGAGACGCGCAUCCUUCACGAAAAUUGGCCUGGAGGUAGUGUAAUCUCUCGAUAUGAUAUUGCUCUAUUAAAAGUACUGUCACCGUUCGUCUUAACACCUUCCGUCCAGCUUAUUCGACUUCCUCGCCAAAAUGUCAUUCCUUCUGGUACAGUUGUUCUAUCUGGAUGGGGAUUUACGUCAAGAUCAGAUGCCAGUCUCCCGUUCAUUUUACAAUACGUCGAGGCAGAACUUAUAUCAAACCAACAGUGCGCUGACGAUUUGAACACUGCAAUAGGAACUACUCUUGCUUUGGACGAUACCAUGGUUUGUAUCAGCGGACACCAAAAUAAAUCAAGCUGCAGCGGUGACUCUGGCGGUCCAUUGGUCCAAAACGGUAUCCAAGUGGGAAUUGAUUCGUGGGGUAUGUCACCAUGUGGCAUCCUUAUUGGUCCAUCAGUCUUCACAAGAGUUUCAAAUUAUACCGACUGGAUUAAGUCUAAAUUGUAAAAUAAACAACUGCCACCAUUUUAAAGGGUAUCUGUACAAUCAUGGUACUAUAAAGAAACCUGUGCAUAAAUAAAAUGCCUUUGCAAAUAA